GCCAAGUCCCUCGAUUACGAAAUGGUCGAAGAGUUCUGCGAAGAGCUUGAAAAUCUGAGCUCGUUCAAAUCGGGGGAGCAGGACGAUGAGGACGAGGAGUCUGCUUCAUCAUCUGGAGGCGGGGACGUAGGAGUCUCCCGAACUGCGGAUGGGGCAUCCACGUCGGCUGCCAUUCCAUGCCCGAAGCCGGUGUCUGCCGUCAAAGGUGUCGCGGUGUCGAAAAGGGUGAGGAGGCCGAAGAAGGGGCCGGCCUUUUCUUACCUAGAUCUCGCCAACAUUUACAUCAUCAGGCCGCAGAGCAACGCGGGUGAAUACUUAGUCGCACAGAUGUACGUGGGGCCGUUUGGUAGGGCAAGGGCUCCCAGGCCGACGGACCAUGUUCUCAAUCCACCCCCUGGAUACUUUGGAGUGUACCCGAUGAGUUUCGCCAAAGGACUUCGGUUCCCUCUUCACCCGUUCAUCAUUGAGUACCUAGACAUGGUAGGUCUCCCUUCGGCCUUGUUGACGCCGAACAGCUACUCGCUCAUCGUUGGGUUCCUCCUACGUUGCGCUGAGUUGGGUUUACGGCCGACGACGGCUCUAUUCAUUAACCUCUAUCAGAUAGGCCGGGGGAGUCAUCAGAACUGCGCUUGCUAUGCCACCCUCCAACAACUGCUGAAGAAGAGAAGCUUCACUGACCUGCUGUCAUCCAUCCACGGUUAGAAGAGUAAGUUUGUAUUUGUGUCGUUGGUUGAGGGGGGCGUUGAAUUUCCCUCCGUCGGCCACAGUGGGCGAUUCAAUCUUCACGACCCGCCGAAGAGCUCAAUCUUGGACGCUCAGGUGGCAGCUUUCCUGAAGGGAGGGCCGAGGAGCGUGAAGACGUACAUCACGGAGUACAAGAUGGCCGCCCUCGGCUUCGUGAGGUAUUUUGUAUAUGGUGAUAAGGAAGAUGAUGUAGAGAUGUGGCCGAAGAUGACCACAACUUACGAGGAGGCCGAUGGUCCUGAUCUGGGGGUGCCAGCUGAGGCCGAUGGUUUUGUUAUGGAUCACAUGUCCUUCAUGAAGAGGGCACAACUAAAGGCGUCCGAAGAGCUGAAAGCUCAGCAGGCCGCUAAGCCGGCGGCCGAUGCGGGACAGCCCGCUACUGCCCCUGCGACGAAGCCCCUUGUCCAGCCGAAGAAGAAACGGCCGGCCGAUGAGGGCCAGAAGAAACUUACUGAGGCGGGCUUGAAGCUUACCAAGAAGCCGAAGAGGGCUUCUCCUGCUGGUGAUGCCGGUACGUUGACUGUUCCUUAUGGGGACGAAGGUAGCUCUAACGCCGAUGCGUUGGUGGAUCUGACUUCGGGCCCUCCGUCCACCGCUGUAUCCAACCUUCCUCCCGCCGCCGCAGCCACCCGGAUGAAAGGGUCCGGCCGAGAGUUGGUCAAGGGGACCUAUAAGCUCGAGGUUGAAUACCCCGUUAAGGGUGGUUUAUUCAACGAGAUUGUUGAUGGCCAUGAGGUGAUCUCCCAGGCCAUCCCCGACGAGGACCGGGCUUAUCUGAAAAAGCUCGGUAAUGUCAAAAUGUACGACGGUGGGAUAGACCACAUCAUCCAAGCUUGCAUAGCCCUCGGCGAACACGCCAGGAGGUUCGAUGAGUGGCGCCUCCAGAAGGCACAACAGGAGGAGUCCCUCAAGAAGCUUAUUCACGAUAAUGCCGAGGCCGUGAGGCAGAUGGCUCAACUGGAGAGGGGCCUCCAGCAGGCGAGGGCGGAAGCAGAGAGAGCGGCCAAGGAGAGGGUGGAGAUGGAGAAGGCGGCUGCCGAGGCUGCGAAGAAGGCCCUUGAAGACGCCGAGGCCGCCAAAGCAGAGGUCGCCGCUGCUGCAGUUCCUGCCUUCAUGACCGAGGGCUGGAAGGCCGAAGGCCAUAAAGACUGGGUGGCCUCGGUUAUGGAGAAUUCUGCCGAGGGGUGGGUGAAGGGCCCCGUGGCGAUGUGGCUAGCCCGAAAGGGUGAAGAUUACUACGCCGGGGGGGAUUUCUUUACCCAGGCCCUAAUCUACAGGAGGCUCGCCCGGCACCUGAAGAUAGAGCCAACGGCCUUCGACCCGGCGGCAUACGGUCUCCCCCCCCCUCCAGCAUGAUAUCAGAGUCCCCCUUCCUGAGGGCAUCGAGAGGCCAGAACUGGAAGAUUCAGAACUCCUGAAAGAGGCCGAGGGCGAUGAAGCAGAGGCUGAUGCGGAGGUCAUCUCGAAGCCUGUGGAAGAGGCUGCCCCCGGUGCUGACAAUAUGUGAUAUGUACUUGUAGUGUUUUGAAUUCCUUUGUUUUUUGUUUGUAAUGAAUAUUCGUGUACUCUCGGCCUCGGCCAUAUUGUAACAUAUAUAUUUUAACUCCUCCCUGAAUGCAUGAAUGUUUGCCUUCGGGCUUUUUGUAUAGUUCGUUUCCU